CCUCCAACCACCACUCCGCCACCACCUUUCAUUAAUUAUUUCUCUUUGUGUACAUGUUGCACAACCACCAUGAUCACCGGAAAGGACAUUUACGAUGUUCUCGCUGCCAUCGUACCACUCUACGUUGCCAUGAUGCUUGCCUAUGGCUCCGUCCGGUGGUGGAAAAUCUUCACCCCCGAUCAGUGCUCCGGCAUUAACCGUUUCGUCGCCGUUUUUGCCGUCCCACUUCUUUCUUUCCAUUUCAUCUCUUCCAAUAAUCCUUACAAGAUGAACUACCACUUUAUCGCUGCUGAUUCCCUUCAAAAACUCGUCAUCCUAUCUGCUUUAUUCGUAUGGCAAUGGCUGAGUAAGACUGGAAGUCUCGAAUGGAUGAUCACUUUGUUCUCCCUCUCGACCCUCCCGAACACUUUGGUCAUGGGAAUCCCAUUGCUCAAAGCCAUGUAUGGCGAUUUCUCUGGAUCUCUUAUGGUCCAGAUCGUCGUGUUGCAGAGUGUCAUCUGGUACACCCUCAUGCUCUUCAUGUUCGAGUAUCGAGGAGCAAAGCUUCUCAUAACCGAACAAUUCCCAGAAACUGCUGGUUCUAUCACGUCUUUCCAUGUCGAAUCUGACGUUGUCUCGUUAAACGGCCGUGAGCCUUUACAGACCGACGCCGAGAUCGGAGACGACGGCAAGCUUCACGUGGUGGUUCGGAGAUCUUCCACUGCCUCUUCACGAUCUGUGAUCUCUUCUUACAACAAGUCUCAUAACAUCACCGGAAUAACGCCAAGGGCAUCAAAUCUCACCGGAGUAGAGAUCUAUUCCGUUCAGUCUUCCAGAGGGCCAACACCCAGAGCUUCAAGCUUCAACCAAUCGGACUUCUACGCCAUGUUCAGUAAAGCCGGUAGCCCUAAACACGGGUACACCAGUAGUUUCGGAGGUGGCGAUGUCUUCUCGAUGCAAUCGUCGAAAGGUCCGACACCAAGAACCUCGAAUUUCGAAGAAGAAAUGUUGAGGAUAGGGAAGAAAAGAACAGGAGGGAGGAGUAUGAGUGGGGAGUUAUUCACUAACAACAUGAAUGGUAAUAACAAUGGUUUAGUUUGCUCUUACCCACCUCCAAUUCCAAACCCUACCUUUUCAUUAGGGUCUACUAGUGCCGCCGGCGGCAGCGGUGCUCCAAAGAAGAAAGAAGGUGGUGUUGGUGGUGGCAGUGGCGGUGCACCACCGCCCAACAACAGUAAAGAGCUUCACAUGUUUGUAUGGAGCUCAAGUGCAUCUCCUGUUUCUGAAGGUAACAUGAAACAUGCAGUUAAUAAGGCUGCUGCUGAAUUUGGAGCCAUUGAUCCUUCCAGGGUUGUACCUCCACAAGAAAAUGCAAGUCCGAUGACGAAAACAUACGGAGAACAGAAAGAGGUAGAUAUAGACGAACCGAAACUACAAAUAAACGGAUCCCCGUUCAAGAAACUAGGAACGGAAGAGGCCGAAAACAAGAACCACCGGAUGCCGCCGGCUAGCGUCAUGACGAGGCUCAUCCUCAUAAUGGUUUGGCGAAAACUUAUUCGUAACCCCAACACAUACUCGAGUCUUUUGGGACUCAUUUGGUCUCUAGUUUCGUUCAGAUGGGACAUUAAAAUGCCAACAAUUGUAAGUGGAUCGAUCUCAAUUUUAUCGGAUGCAGGGUUGGGGAUGGCUAUGUUUAGCCUAGGGUUAUUUAUGGCAUUACAACCAAAACUAAUCGCAUGUGGUCAACGUGUGGCGACAUUCUCAAUGGCGGUGAGGUUCUUAACUGGCCCAGCAGUCAUGGCGGCUACUUCCAUCGCCAUCGGUCUUCGUGGUGUUCUCCUUCAUGUUGCUAUCGUUCAGGCGGCUUUGCCUCAAGGAAUCGUGCCGUUCGUCUUCGCAAAGGAGUACAAUGUCCAUGCUGAUAUUCUGAGCACCGCGGUUAUUUUUGGAAUGUUGAUAGCUUUGCCCAUAACCAUACUUUACUAUGUGCUACUAGGGGUGUAAGCAAGAGUAAGAUUACUCAAAAGUCAACGGUUGAGUGGUGAAUCCAAGACUAGAUCGGUCAACGUACGACUUUACGUGAAACCACAUGCAGCUUACGUGUUACUCACGGGAUUAAUUAUACUUUUCUUUUUUCUUUUUUUAGAUUAAUUAAUUAAUUUUCAUUUUUAUUUAUUAAGAAGGAAAUUAGAGAUGUAGAUCUUAUAUAAAACAAUGAAAUUGUAGUAUUG